UGAUUUUAAAAAUGGCUCACCCAUGUGAAAGUGAAUGUAUACUAAAUUAGUAAUCGGUUAUAAAAGGUAAAGGUAGAAUAUCUUUCAUUCUCAUAAUCUUUAUAAAAAAUUGUUAGUAAUUAUGGAUCAAUAAAUAAGUAUUAUAAUGUUCUGAAACGAUAUACAAUCAAAAUCUAUCCAGAAUGUAAGUGUUGUUAAAUUGCAAACCCUUGUACCUGAUUUUAGUUGAAAUGUUAGUGAACUUUGUUUUCUUUAUCACCUAUCAUUCAAAGAAUCAUUUUAAAGAUUGUGCAGCUUCAGCUUUAUAAUGGAAUUGAAUUCAGAUUUAGAAAAUGAUGAUUGGAAGUUGGCAAACAAGCUACGAAAUGAAGACCCUGAACAGUUUUACACUUUGGUACGGAUGCAUUUGUCGUUCGUCUUGGAUUUAAACACUGAUGAUUGUGAGUGGCCUGUAGAGAAAGCAAAAUUGAGGAAUGUGUUAAAAUGGAGUUUAGCUCCUUUUUCUAAGAAACCUCGCCAAGUUCUAAUCAAGAACAAUUGUGAUAGCAAAGGUAUAUUGACUAAGGACAGUAUAGCUCAAGUAUUUCAGCUGGUGGAGUUUCUCAGCAAAGAAGAUAAUGCUACUCAGGAAGGAAUAUUUCGAAGAAGUGGUAAAAUGACAAGGCAACAAGAACUGAAAUCUCAGCUAACUAGUGGUACACCAUUGGAUCUGGAUAAUAGCCAAUUUUCCGUGCAUGAUUGUGCGUCAGUUCUCAAAACCUUCCUGGCUGAGUUGUCGGAACCCCUACUAACCGAAGCCUACUAUCCUGCCUACUGUCAAAUAGCUGAAUUAUGCUUAUCAGAGAGCACGUCUGAAAGUAGACUGCAGUGUGCCCUGCAGCUUCUAUUACUGCUUCUGCCUAGUGAGAACUGGACGGUGCUGAAAAAUGUGCUGAAUAUGUUGCAACUCAUCUCCACCUAUGAAGCUCACAACAAGAUGAAUGCGGACAAUUUAGCCACAUUGUUUACUCCUCACCUUCUAUGUCCCAGAAAGCUGACUCCAGAAGCUUUCCAUUCAAGCUCUCAGAUGCUGUCACAUGUUGUGUCGUUUAUGAUAAGAUCGGGCUCAGAAUUGUUUCAAGUGCCGCCGCGAUUAGCGACGGACAUCUUUGCCUACUGGGAAAGAAGAAAAAUGUCGCCUAAGAUUGAGGUAAAUAACGGUGGAGCAGCGAGUACAGUGUUUAGUUUUGUAGAUAGAGAACGCACCGCUCAAGAGAACACUACCAACCCCACUGAAGCUGCUCUUGCUCAACUCUAUGCUCACAUACAGUCCUUACCCGAAUCGAGUAAAAAGCGUCGCCUAAUCAAGCAGUUCAAUAAAGAAAAUGGGUUUGGCACUCCAAGGCAGAAUAACAGAGCUACUAGUCUGGGUGAUUCUAUCAAGAAACGUAUUUUCAGCAAAUCAUACAAACAAUCAAAACCUUUAAUAGAAAGUAACAUUUUAAAAUGCGGAAGAUCUUCUAGCGAAGAAAUGCUUGAUAACUCCGACGAAUGCCCGAAGAUAGUUGUGCAAGUAGAACCGGCCGCAUUGGAGGCCAACGAUUUCGACAACUUUAAGAGACCGAUCUCCUCAGAAAUUAAUGUGGCUAAACUAGAAGUGAGUCCAGAUGAGGACGGCAAUGAGGUGAGGUUCAAAGAGGUGGAGAUCGAUGUGGGUCUUGUGUCGGGCGAAAAAUCUGUGGAAACUCCGGAAAACUUGUUGAUAAGUUCACCGAACUUAGUGGAGUCGACGCCUGUCAGAUCCGUAAUGUUCUGUACGCCGACGAUGAACGAUGUUGAGAAGUACGGUCGAGGGUGUAUGGACAGUAAUAAAGUAACGUUCUAUACGCCAGCCACCACUCCGGCCACCCUUCGACACAAGUACUGGUCGGUGAGCAGACCCUCGGUGUCCACGCCAACGAAACCCAACCUAGCCAACAGCACGUGUCUGCUGACUAGCACCCCGGCUGGGGCGGCCGUCUGCAACACCAAUUGUCUGCUCACCCCUUCGCCCAUGAUUCUGUCUGCCAGUGCAGACGAGAUGUCGCCCAUCACACGCUCGACCAGGCGGAUGACUAGAGCAAUGCAGGAAACUAUGAUGACACCUCGAAGCAGGAAGCCGGUGGUAGCGCUGUCUGGCUCUAACAUCAGCCAGCUGUCGAGCGUAGCGUGGGGAGGCGGUGUGGGGGGUAGUGGCGAGCGACUGAAGCCGUGUUCGGAGGAGAGCAGCUCGUCUGGCCUGACCAGUCCGUUCCGUGACUACCUGCAUGGCCGCAGCGUGCUCACCGCCAGUCCCGUUGACCUCAGCUUCUCCAGUCGCACGGGCGACUUCGACCCGUCCACCUUCUCCGACGACACUCUGCCGUCCAUGCUCAGUGACUCCCUCCUCCGAUGUCUCGACGGCGAACCUGUUUCAGCCUCCUCUACCACCUCCUCCGCCUCCUCCUCCUCCUCCUCCAAGUAUAAGCGUAAGAACAGUGGCGGCCAGCUCAACGACAGCGAAAGUCACGAUCGUGUCCUCCGAAAAAGACCGUCGUUGACCGAUGGAAGUAUCACCGAUAAUUCGAGAGACGGUGUGUUUGAGACAUCGUUAUAGUAUCUGCUAACUAAUAUCACAUACACUCCGAAAAAUACGCCAACUAUGUCCACAUGGUGCUUAAAUUCGAUCGUUCGAUCGAUGAUUUUCAAUUUCUACACUUGUUUCAUUCAAAGAUACAUUAUUAUUCAUCUUUUAUAUCGUAUAUACAGUAUUUUUAAACUGUUUCUAUGAUGAUCUUUAUUAUCUAUCAAUAUCUCCUUCAGAGUUUAGUAUUCUUUGAACAGAUGAUGUAUUGUCUUCAAUAUUCUUAAUUGAAAAUUAUCAUUCAUGUCCUUUAUCAUGUAUUCAUGUACAGAUUUCUAAUAUUUAUCGAAUUUGUAAUAUUGCAUCGGGUGCAGAAUACCAGUAUUAUAAAAAAAUAUCAACAUCUCAUUAUUUGUAUUUUUCUCAAUGUAGAGUAUUAUAUAAAAAAUAUUUAUACCUUAGGCUUUUGUAAUAUUUCUUAUUAAAAAAUAUUCAUCUCUUUUAACUUAUACUGUACACAGUAUUUCAUGAGCAGAUUAAUCUUUGAUCGAAUCUGACAUAGCCUAUAUAUUAAAAUAUUCAAUAUUAUCAACUAAUCAUAACACUGAGACUUGAAGUUGAGUGAUAGAAUGGAUGAAUGGUUUAACUUAUAUAUGUAAAUAUAUUUUAUUCCAAUGAGGAUCGUUGAAUCAGUUAGUAGAUUAUUUUUUGUGAAUUGAUUCCUAGUCAGUUCUGUCUUUAAUUUUGUCUGUGAAUGAGUGUUCUUAAAUGUUGAUGAAAUUGAAGUUGAGUACGAGUAUGACACGAUAAUUAAUUGCACUAGUUAUUCUAUUAAAAUAAAUUGUUGAAAUCAAUUCAAUAGAUUUAAAGUGAAAUUUUACACUAAUCUAGCAAAUGACAGUAGUUUUGGAAAAUGAAAAUUAUUUUACAAUAACUGAGAAAUAAAAGCAUUAAUGAAGAAUAUGGAAGAGCUAUGAAAGAAGGUUUUUAGUUAUAAAAUUUCAACAUUAUGGAGUUUACGGGUCUAUUAGCUGAUGAGCUAGUUAGAGCAAUGAUCUAUUCGACCGAAUUCAAUUGCAAAUCAUUUCUCAACAAUAGAAAGAUUUCACAGAUUUUAUUAGCCUAUAUUCUUUCAAAAUGACAUUCUUUUAAUAUCUAGUAUAAUUUUCAAUUUCACUAUUAUCGUGAAACAGUUGAAUAAUACUCAUAAUAGCAUGAAUUUAAAAACAAUAUUCUGCUCUUUGUUACACGGUUUUAUUUUUGUGAUGCACAAAAACUGGUGUACGCCAUCAGGAAAAAGUGAUAAUAUUGUAGUACUGUAUAGUCAGCUAUAUCACUAGUGAGCUGAAAUAAAAUUUUGUGAAUAGGCUACUUGAAUGAAUGAUGAUUGGUAUUCCAAAAGUUCUCAGUACUCUGUUUUUCUUUGUAUUUUGAUUUUUUAUAAAUAUAAAUUUACCACUACAUUUUUUUAUAAAUAUCGUUAUAGUUCAGUAAAUGUUGUUCUUAUACUGAGCGAGCUUGUAUUUUUUCGGUAAUUUUACUUAUUUGUUAUUGAAACAAAAAGAAUUAUGCUUAUAAUAAUUUUGAUCUUGUAGAUAACGUACAAGAUGAUGAUGGCUAACCAAAGUUCAAUAAUUGUAGUUUCAAUUUAAGUGAGUUACAUAAUAAUAGGUAAUCAAACUAACAAAAUCACUUUAUAUAUUAUAAAUUGUUCAAACUUGUAUUACUUGACAAAAAUAAAAGAGUGUAAUUUUUUACAA